AUGGCAGAGGAACUUGACCUGGACAACGUGAAGGCAGUGAAAGUGUUAGGCAAAGGAGCCAUGGGCACUGUGUUUCUUGUGCAACACAACUCCUGCCACGUGGCAGUCAAAGUCGUCGACAAAUCAUCGUCCCUGCACGACGCUUCUCGCCGUGGUCACUGGGAAAUCAGCGUUCUCUCUCGCUUGUCCCACCCCUUCCUCCCCACCCUAUUGGGCUCCUUUGAGUCUAACAACUUAAUGGGCUGGGCCGUCCCCUACUGCCCCGGCGGCGACCUCAACCUCCUCCGCUACCGCCAAACCGAUCACGUCUUCUCCCCCGCCGUCAUCCGCUUCUACCUCGCCGAGAUCCUCUGCGCCCUCCACCACCUUCACUCCAUGGACAUCGCCUACCGCGACCUCAAACCCGAAAACGUCCUCAUCCAAGAAUCCGGCCACGUCACCCUCACCGACUUCGACCUCUCCCGAACCCUCUCUCCCACCAAAACCACCACCUCUCCUUCCAACUCUCACAUUCCCGACACAGCUCCGCGCAAGCCCCGCCGCAACUUCCGCUGGGGCCCUCUCACCAAGGCCCCCAAGUCCGCCCGAGUCACCCCCGCAGCUCGCCGCGCCGCGCCGAGCUUUGAGCGCUCGAACUCGUUCGUGGGCACCGAGGAGUACAUCGCGCCGGAGGUCCUCCGAGGCGAGGGGCACGGCUUCGCCGUCGACUGGUGGGCCCUCGGCGUCCUCGCCCACGAGAUGCUCUACGGAACGACACCGUUCAAGGGGAAGAAUCGCAAGGAAACGUUUCGCAACGCGUUGUUGAAGACGCCCGAGUUUGUCGGGAAGAAAACGGCGUUGACGGACCUCAUCUCACGGUUGCUCGAAAAGGACCCCACCAAACGUUUGGGUUAUGUUCGUGGCGCUAACGAGAUCAAGGAGCACGAGUUCUUCAUAGGGGUUAAGUGGGACCUACUAACGGAGGUUAUGCGGCCGCCGUUUAUUCCGUCAAGAGACGACGGGACAACGCCUUUCGCCGAUGGAGUCGACAUCAGGGGAUACUUUCAGAGCUUGAAAUCUCCGCCGUCUUUGCCCCCUUCGCCGUUACCGUCACCGUCGUUUGAGUUUCAGUAUAAUAUUUCCUAA